GCCAUUAGCCUGUCAGUCAGAUCCCCGCUCGUGAAGCGGACCAAGACGGAGGGCAUGCCGGCGCAUCGCGUUCAUCGGAUCGCGGGCAUUUGCGUCGCUGGUCACGGGGGCGCCGUGAUUGUCGGGUCGCAGGCGAUAGUUUUUUUGCAGGCGCACUGCGGUGCUUGCGGGCAUGUCGCGGCGCCGCAGGCAAAUGGGCAGCUCUACUCCCGGCUUGGGCAGGUGGUGCUCGAGUGGGUCAGACAGCUGGUCGACCUGCGGGAGCUGGAGCACGUGUGCAAGAUGCUCUGGCUCAGGGGCUCCGAGCUUAACGGACAGGGAGGGCGCCCCGUCGGAGACAACUGGCACUUCCCGCCGACGCUGCGCGGCCGCAGCGGCGAAGCCUUCGUCGAGGACGUGGCCAAGUGCGCCCUGAAGGCCUGCUGCGCGCGCGUGGAAGUCAACCGGGACCCUUCCGACUCACAGCGCGGCAGCUCUGCCGCGGCCCGCGAGAGGGCGAAUUCUGGUGGCUUCUUCUUUGCGCGCAAGGCGGACGGCGGCGUCGUGGCGGUCGACUCAGGCACCGGGCGCCCGCAGAGAGGGGCCAGGGCCAGGAGUGCUGACCAGCUGCGCAAGAUGGCGGAGCAGGGGUUCAGAGAGCUCGGGCGACUCGAUGUGCAGGUGAAGGAGCAGGUGGGCGCCGACGGGGUGCAGGGCGAAGUGUCCAUGGGCGAGUUGCGGCGGCUGCGGGGCGAGAAGGGGGGCGCGGCUUGGGAGCGCGUCGAGCAUGUCCCUCGCUGCCCGCUCUUGCCCGCGCCACCGGGGAGCGAGGGCAGAGGUUUCCAGGCCGCUGUUCCUAGCGUCGCCGGAAGGCUGGAGGAGGCGCGCGACUCCCGCCCGGCGUUGUGCGCAUUCAGGGGCUUGUAUGAGGACUUGCAGACCAGACAGCCGGAGGUCGUGGCUCCAGAGAAGGACCUCAGUGGAACGCGCCAGUACAAGUGCCUCAGCGUCUUUCCCAGUCACAGAGCCAAAUACCUGGCUUUUCACGAAGGUUCGUGCAUCGUGACGUUCGCGUCGCGAAUAUUUGACGCGGCUGCGUUCUGGAUUCUCCUGGACGGCUCCCUCGCCUCGGAGUUCCGUCCGGACUGGAGUGACGUGCGUCAGAUCUUUCGAGUCGCCGUUGCAGGGGUCGUGGCCCCUGCAGUCUCGUGGGGCCUGGUCUGCGACUGGCGGUUUCACGGCGUGAAGAUUGAAUCGAGGCAACUCAUCGGCGCAGCAGCUGGGGCCGCGGCGAUCAGCGGAGCGAGGACAGGCGCGGGCGAAGCGAGAAAGGCUGGGGACAUAGCGGAGCUGUGCUCUGACUGUCUUCAGGGCGCGAUGCAGCUGUGCUCCGAGCGUUCUGGCGUGAAUCGCGGCGUGGCGGCAGCGGGGGUGGCCGCGGUUGCGAAGAUAGGAGCUGGGUGGGGGGCGGAAGAGAUCGUGAUCCACAAG